AUGUUAGAUAGAACAACUCUUGCAUUUGGAGCUAUUGGUUGGUAUUGGAAAAGAAUCCAAGGAGCUGUCGAUGGUAUCAACCUGGCCUUGCUAUACGCAGUUUUUCAUCAUCACAUCUCCAAAAAAUAUUUAAACCCAAUUACCCCUGAUGUUUUGACAUUACUUGGAAAAGAAAAAUAUGAGACAGUGGAAGAUGCAGAAUUUGGUAGUCAAAAGUUAUUUCAAUUUAUUAAGAAAAAAUUGGAGGAAAGAGCUGGUAAAAAUCAAGAAUUAGAAAAUAAGGAAGAGUAG